AACGAAGCUGCGUGUGGUGUAAGGUCCGAAAAUGUCUGCCGAAGAAUCCACGAAUGGCUGCACUUCCUGUACAAAGAUUAACUCCAUUUAAACGUCCAUUUAACUUCGUGGGCAUUGAUUACCUGGGUCCUGUUGAAGUCGUCGUCGGCCGCCGCAGAGAAAAACGCUGGGUUGCGGUGUUCACGUGCAUGGUUGUUAGAGCGGUGCAUUUGGAAGUUGUCCACAGUCUUACCGCGCAAUCAUGCAUCAUGGCGAUCCGCCGUUUCAUCAGCCGCCGAGGUCCAGCCUCCGAAUACUUCACAGACAACGGGACGAACUUCCGAGGUGCGAGUAAGGAGAUAAUCCAACGGGUACGAGAAAUUGAUGCUGUUUGUGCCGAUGAAUUUACGACUGCUAUCACGAGUUGGCACUUCAUCCCACCUGGAACACCCCACAUGGGAGGGGCGUGGGAAAGGAUGGUGCGCUCGGUGAAGCAAGUCAUGGCCACUUUGGACGACGGGCGUCGAUUGAACGACGAAAUCCUCCUGACUACGCUUGCUGAAACUGAGGACAUGAUCAACAGCCGGCCCCUUACUCUUGUAACCACGGACUCAGUGAUGGGUGCACUUUGUCCAAAUGUCUUCCUUCGAGGUUCAGAUCCUAACGAGCCGCAUGAAGUCAUUCAACCUACGCAUCCUGCAGAAGCACUUCGGGAUGCUUACAAGAGAUCGCAGCAGCUGUCCGACGAGUUAUGGAAGCGGUGGAUUAGAGAGUACGUGCCGACAGUCAACCAACGGUCCAAGUGGUUCUCCGAAACAAAUCCUCUAAAGAAAGGGGAUCUCGUAUACGUGGUCGAAGGCAGUCGACGCAAAGCAUGGGUUCGAGGAAUCAUCGAGGAGCCGAUCGUUUCGGGUGACGGAAGAGUCCGUCAAGCUUUGGUACGCACAACUGGUGGUGUUUUUCGUCGUGGAACGGCAAAUCUGGCUGUACUAGAGAUUGCUGAUAGAGUCCAGACGGUGGGUCCAGAGAGUGCCGCUCAUCAUGCAACUUUUGAGAAUGGUGGUAACGCUGAUCCGGUGGCUCCAGAGAGUGAAUCCGGACCAGGUUUACGGGUGGGGGAUUGUUGAGCGUGUAAAAACUGCGCGACUCGGCAGCCUCGUCGGAAAGUGAGCUAAAAUAUAUCAACAAGAACGGGGGGAAAACAAACAGAAAAACCCGGCAAAACGUUUAUCAUCGUAGCCUGCGUAGUGAAGAAAUAUUUACCACUGUUAAGUUCCCAAAGAAUUAUUUUAAUCCGAUUGUUAGUACGGGAGUGAAUUAUUUGAUAAAAUAGUUAGUUGUAUAGUGCAAAUAGUCACCCCGACUGAAGCUAACCAGCAACAGUAAUUGCAAGUCCGUUGAUCGAUGCAAACA